AUCCCAUCCACAGGCGGGCCACCUGCACUGUUCUCCCCGGCUUCACACAGGGUCCAAUACCAAUGGCAUCAUCCGCCUCCCUCCUCAACCUACCGACCGAGGUGCGCCUGAUCAUCUGGUCCUACCUAUUCGUGGACGAAUGGGUAUACAUCAGCCCAUGCAACUCCACCCCCGAACCACAAAAGCCACUUCAUCAUCAAGAGCACCUUCCCGCAAUCAUGAGAACUUGCUAUGAGCUCCAGCAAGAAACUGCUCCCGUCUACUACAGCAGCGUCCACGUCCAUUUCGAUGUCUUGCCUGGUGUUAGACCAAUGUGUCUUGUUCACUGGUUGGAUGAUAUUGGAGAAGCUUAUGCGAGACUUGUGAAGAAUUUUCAGAUCAGAUGGAAUUGUUAUGUGGAUGUUAGUUUGGAGUUGAAUCCAUCCGGAUCAUCUCGAAAUUCUAGCAUCUAUCGACGAAUGCGAGCGGAAGAUGAUGAUGAGAAGAUUUCUGGCUAUUAUCAACAACAUCAUCAUCAUCAUCAACGCCUCGCGGAAAUCUCCCUCCAGAACAAGAAGAGCAACAACAACACCAUCAUCGAACCCCCAACAGCAGUUCACAUAGCACCCACCUACACCCUCCGCAUCCAAGCCGUCAUUCCUCCUCCCUUUUUCUUCCAAUUCUUCUUUUCGCCAAAAACAACAACAAGCACAACAAGCACAACAAGGCCAAAAGUGUCAGCCCCAGGCCCUCUCCACCACCCGGCCCAAUUCUGGAAACUCCACGGUACAGCAGAUUUCUGUCGUACUCUAACGCAUAAUCUCGCGCGAGAACUCAGCUCCGAACGUUCUCAUUCUCAUUCUCAUUCUCCUCGUUACACUGGGGAUAUUAAUACUGCUAUUGCUACUGCUCGAGUGGCACCAUCACUACCAUCACCACCACCACCGCCAUCAUUAUCAUCAUUAUUGGAAGAACGAAUGGAAGAUUUUAUCAUGGGAUUUGUGAAUGUCGUGGAUGAUCAUGCUCAGGCUUUGAGGUGGUUGGGGUAUUGGUAG